ACACACACCAAUAAUUAACUAGUAGAAAAAAGAGUAAUAGAGAAGAGAAAGAGAGCAAUGGCCAGUGCAGAUCCCUUCCGCCUCCUCGGCUUCUUUUGUCUGUUAUUACAGUUAUUCUCCUUCUUCCAUAUCGGAAAUGGGGAGUUGGAGAUGAACUAUUACAGAGAGAGUUGUCCAAAAGCGGAAGAGAUAAUAAGACAACAAGUGGAGACGCUUUACUACAAACACGGCAACACUGCCGUAUCUUGGCUCCGUAACCUCUUCCAUGACUGUGUCGUCAAGUCGUGUGAUGCGUCGCUGCUGCUGGAGACAGCGAGAGGUGUGGAAUCUGAGCAGAAAUCAACGAGGAGUUUCGGUAUGAGAAACUUUAAGUACGUUAAGAUUAUCAAAGACGCACUUGAGAAAGAGUGUCCUUCCACAGUCUCUUGCGCUGAUAUCGUCGCUCUCUCUGCUAGAGACGGUAUUGUCAUGUUGAAAGGGCCAAAGAUAGAGAUGAUUAAGACAGGAAGGAGAGACAGCAGAGGAAGCUACUUGGGAGAUGUUGAGACUCUUAUCCCUAACCACAAUGACUCUCUCUCCUCUGUUCUCUCCACCUUUGACUCCAUUGGUAUCGAUGUUGAAGCCACCGUCGCUCUCUUAGGUGCUCACUCAGUGGGUAGGGUCCAUUGCGUUAAUCUAGUGCACCGACUAUACCCAACGAUUGACCCGACGCUCGACCCAAGUUACGCUCUUUACUUGAAAAAACGUUGCCCAACUCCAACACCUGAUCCGAACGCCGUCUUGUACUCCCGCAACGAUCGGGAGACCCCUAUGGUUGUGGACAACAUGUAUUACAAGAACAUCAUGGCCCAUAAGGGGCUUCUUGUAAUUGAUGAUGAGCUAGCCACCGAUCCGAGGACCGCACCGUUUGUGGCCAAGAUGGCUGCGGACAACGGUUACUUCCACGAGCAGUUCUCACGUGGCGUCAGGCUCUUGUCCGAGACCAACCCGCUUACCGGAGACCAAGGGGAGAUCAGGAAGGAUUGUCGUUAUGUGAACUAGAAUUGGUUAUAAUGCAUGUGAAAGACAAUAAUCAUGUGAAUGUAUGUAUUUAAAUGUUUUGGAUUCAAUAAGAAGAAGAAACACCAAAACCGUUGUGGAUUGAGAUAUGUUUGUAUCGUCCUAAGGUUCCGAUGGUAUUUUUAUAUUUUGUCAUUUGUUGGUGUAUUCCGUGAGUGAUUUUGCAACCA